AUGCUCUUAAACCUUCCCACAGAGCUUAUCCAGCUCAUUCUACAAUAUGCCACUACACCCAGUUAUUUACAUGCAGCUUUAUCUUGUCGUACUCUGUUCCAUAUUGCUUCCACUUAUCGGGACCUCGUCCUCCAUCACUUGAACCAGACUCCCGGACUGAAAUCUGAGCUUGAACAGCGUGAAACGAAGGACCUCUUCCUUCUGCUUCGAAGGCGUGCGGUGAAACACCUACAUGGUGCUAAUUUCUAUGCUGAUCGCAUUCUAUACAAUUUCAAUGGAAAGAGUAUCGACGUGGGGGCCUCCUCAAUCGCCGACAAUGGCUGUUCCCCUAACCUCGCCUUGGUCCUAAGAGACGAUGAGCUUGUUUACCUCUUUCACGCCGGUGUCAAUGGAUCAAUUUCUCUAAAACGAUCGCUGAAGUUUCCUUAUGAACAACCUGGAACCGUCAAAAUACUCAAAACGGCCUUUACCGGGGACAAUGCCAUCUCCACCCUCGUACGGUUUACCCCAACGAUUGCGGAUGAAGAUGCCGAUACGUCACAUCCCUUUGUCAAACAAGCUCUAGAGUCUCGCCUGAAUGGCGAGAUUAUUCUUCUCCAUUACCCUCUUAUCGAUUCCAACAACUCUAUGGCUGUCUGCAACUUCCCGGACCACAGCGACUAUGAACCCCUAGCCCUAGCUGUCAUGAGCAGGAACCAAUUUGCGAUCUCCUGGCAGCACGUGCAUGAUCAUCACCACCAUGAAGUGAUUCUUUAUGAUGCCUCGGUCGACUGCCAUGACGAUUCGACAUCAAUAAGUUAUCUCAAGUACAGAGCCGCUAUGGUUGUGGAUGAGCGGGGUCUCUGGCCGCAGCGCGCAGAAGGCCAGGGCAGAUUGGCUCUAGGGGAACCCUAUUCAGAACUGGGGCCUGUAACAAGGCUUGCUUUCAAUGACAGGGGCUCUCAGUUACUCUACUACUAUCGUGGCUCGACGCUCUACAGAUGCUACCAAAAUAUCCAGACGGGGAAUCCCUUACAACUGCCUGGUGCAUCAGCGUCGCAUCUUAAUUAUUGCAGAGUGCAGUUCUCAGAUUCGCUAGUCCUUCCUUUCUCUGUUGCCAUACCAUUCUUUGGCACACAUAACACGUACCGUACGGAGCACAAUCAUGAGGUGUGUCGUUGGAGAUACCUCAGUUUUGGGACCGCGACACAUAUUGAAGAAAACUGGACGGUGGCAUGCUUGCUAAAAUCAGAAGCUCACUGUCAGGCCAGAAACUGCGGGCAUGAGCUAAAUCGAGAACGUGGACGACGUCUGAAUAUGUGGACUAUCGUCGCCCGUCUUUGGGGAUAUCAAAAACCGACCAACUCGUUAGGCUGCAUUAUCGCAACAGCAGAAACUGGGACCCGAAUUGCCAUAGCAAAUUGGAAUUUGAUUUAUGUUUGGGCUCUUAAUCCCCAUGAGCUCAUCGAAGAAAAUACAAGUGAUUUCUAUCCGGAGUCAUGGCGAUCUGGGAAUCCCAACGUCGUGGAGCUGCGGCCCAUUGUACUCCGUUUGGAGGCCGUUUGUUUUAAACUCAAUUUCACCGAAAACGAGAACGAACUCGUAGCAUUGACAGACCGAGGAUUGAUGGUGUGGAAUCUCGGCCCACGAGGAACAGGGGCGCGGCAUACGCGAAUACUUGAUGUUCAUUAG